AUGCGGUCUUCCUUGGCUCCGGGUGUCUGGUUCCUGCGCAACUUCUCCAGGGACAGCUGGUUCCGAGGCUUCAUCCUGCUGCUGACCUUCUUCAUCUAUACCUGUUAUCACAUGUCCAGGAAGCCCAUCAGUGUUGUCAAGAGCCGUCUGCACCAGAACUGCUCGGAGCUGGUCAAGCCCAUCAACGACAGCGACAGCCUCAAUGACACGACGUGGUGUGACUGGGCUCCAUUUGAUAAGAACAACUACAAGGAGUUACUGGGGGCCGUGGACAACGCCUUCCUUGUGGCCUAUGCCAUCGGCAUGUUCAUCAGCGGGAUUUUUGGGGAGCGGCUCCCCCUCCGUUACUACCUUUCAGCUGGAAUGCUGCUCAGUGGCCUUUUCACCUCGCUCUUUGGCCUGGGAUAUUUCUGGAACAUCCACAUGCUCUGGUACUUUGUGCUCAUCCAGAUCUGUAACGGACUUGUCCAGACCACAGGCUGGCCCUCCGUGGUGACCUGCGUUGGCAACUGGUUCGGGAAGGGAAAGCGGGGGCUCAUCAUGGGCAUCUGGAACUCACACACAUCCGUGGGCAACAUCCUGGGCUCCCUGAUCGCUGGUGUCUGGGUCAACGAGCAGUGGGGCCUGUCCUUUGUGGUUCCGGGCAUCAUCACUGCUGCCAUGGGCGUCCUCACCUUCCUCUUUCUCAUUGAAUACCCAGAAGAUGUGGACUGCACGGCUCCUCAGCACCACACAAAUGAUGGGCUGGACGAGAACCAGGACAGCCCUGAGGACCUUGGGAACGGUCCCUGCAUUAACAAGGAGAGCAGUCUGGAGAGUGCGACCAGGUGCCCCAAGGAGCCAAGAGCGCAGCCUGCCGCCAUCAGCUUCCUUGGGGCGCUCCGGAUCCCGGGUGUGGUCGAGUUCUCCUUGUGCCUGCUCUUUGCCAAGCUGGUCAGCUACACCUUCCUUUACUGGCUGCCCCUCUACAUCUUCAAUGUGGCUCACUUUAGUGCCAAACAGGCUGGGGACCUGUCUACCCUCUUCGAUGUUGGUGGCAUCAUGGGUGGCAUCAUGGCAGGGCUCAUCUCGGACUACACCAAUGGCAGGGCCACCACCUGCUGCGUCAUGCUCAUCUUGGCUGCCCCCAUGAUGUUCCUGUAUAACUACAUUGGCCAGAAUGGGAUUACCAACUCCAUAGUAAUGCUGAUCAUCUGUGGGGCCCUGGUCAACGGCCCUUACGCACUCAUCACCACUGCGGUCUCUGCUGACCUGGGAACUCACAAGAGCCUGAAGGGCAACGCAAAGGCACUCUCCACUGUCACGGCCAUCAUCGACGGCACUGGGUCCAUAGGUGCGGCUCUGGGGCCUCUGCUAGCUGGGCUGAUUUCCCCCACGGGCUGGAACAAUGUCUUCUACAUGCUCAUCUCUGCCGACAUUCUGGCCUGCUUGCUCCUCUGCCGGUUGGUGUACAAAGAGCUCCUGGCCUGGAAGUCAUCCCUGAGCAGAGACAGAGGCUCUAGUCUGGCCCUAACCCACCCGCGGUAG